GAAUGAUUUUCCGAAUUCUCUCUCCCAAAAUUUCCGCCUUUUUUCUUACUUUCUAUUUCAUUUUAUCACAAAAGUAUCGAUCCUUGUUCUUUUAUAUUUAACUUUUCCCCUGAUAUUUAUAGUCCUUGUCUGGUAACAACAGCACCAGACCGGACUUUUCUUUAGGAAACCCUCACUCUUUGGAUGUUAGUCCAGGCAUGGCGGAAAGAAAUGAAGAGCAAGAUGAUGUCCAUAACCAGAGGGAUUUGAAAGAAGAAAAGAAGAGAGCAAGAUUAUUCUCGUCCCGAUACGACUCAAAAAGCACUCGCCGCUCUGUUUGCGCCUGCAUCUCCAUCUUCCUCCUCAUAAUUGGUGUCGUAGCACUCACUCUAUGGCUUGUCUACCGCCCCAUUCACCCCCAAUUCACGGUGGUUGGAGCCGCAAUAUACGACCUCAACAUGUCAUCUCUGCCCCUGCUGUCCACAACCAUGCAAUUCACAAUCGUUACGAGGAACCCCAACAGGCGAGUUUCUAUUUAUUAUGACAGACUAAUUGCCUUUGUGUCGUAUAGGAACCAGCAGAUAACGUCACAGGUGAUGCUGCCUCCGCUGGUUCACGAAAAGCGGAGCACAGUUGCGAUGUCUCCAGUACUAGGCGGUGGGGCAGUGGCAGUGUCGUUGGAGGUGGCAAAUGGGUUAGUAACGGAUCAAGCAAUUGGAGUUUUAGGAUUGAGAGUAGUGUUGUUGGGUAGACUAAGAUGGAAAGCUGGCCCACUAAAGACUGGACGUUAUGCGGUAUAUGUGAAAUGUGAUGUGUUGGUGGGUGUGAAACGAGGCUUGGUGGGUCAACUUCCCAUGCUUGCUUCUCCCGCUUGCAAAGUUGAUGUUUAGUUUUUCAUAAUUAACUAAUAAUGCUUACUUUAUCUUUUCUCAACCUUAGCUUGCUUUAAUUCUCAGUUUGUGGAUCUUAUUUUUGCUUUUCUUGAAUAUCAUCCUCAAUUUAUGUAUUUGAAAAUUGGAAGCUUUUGUAAUCCGUGGACUGCACACGCAACAACUUUGGUGGAUGUAUCAUUAAUUGAUGAA